CGCAUCUCAGAUCCACUCAUAAUGUGCUCUCACUCUCUCUCCAUCGCUCAAUCUCCUCAUUCCCAUCACAAGGAGCGACGACAACGAUAACGGCAACGACAGCGAUGACGACCGACCCCGCUGCUGCUGCCGCAACCCCCACCUCCACCUCUGACACUCCCAAGCUCCUCCUCCCCGGUAUCGACCUUCCCCUCGACACGUACGCCAAACUCGAUGUCCUCGAGACGACCAAGGAGGAUGGCAAGACCCGCGUCAAGGUCCGCCGCUUCCCCUCCGCUGUCCUCGAGGACGAGUGGAAGUCAAACACACCGACCAUGCGCGAACGCGCCAUGAUGCGUGUCAUCGACUUGCUCACCGACAAGCCCAACUGGGAGGAAAAGGUGGCCGACGAGACAAUCGUCGCCAAGUGGCGCGCUGAGGCCCUCGCCCUGCCUCUCAAGCAGGGCUUUUCAGACGCCAUGUUCGACUUCGUUGUCGCCGAGCUGCGCGACAAGGCCGCCCUGUUCAAGAAGAACGGCGGUGUUGUGAGCGUGUACGACGGCGCGGCUGCCGUCUUUAAGACGGACACCGCACUUACCCCUGAACUGGUGCAGCGCCUCGGCGCCGCCAUCAAACCGCUCGAAGACGUGCCGGAGGAUGAGAAGGACUGGCACCCCGGCAGCGACGAGCAGGUGCUCGACCUCGUCCACCCCUCCCUCUUCCCGCUCGUGUACGGCAAGACGCGGAUCGUACGCCGCGAAAUCGCGCUCGCCGACGCCCUCGCGUCCUGGGGCAGCGGCGAAACGAUCGCCAAGACGGAGGGUGUCAAGAAGAAACAGAACAGCUGGUACUACACGCUCGACCCUGAGCGCCUGCUGUCGCGCAACUACCAGUGGCUGCCGGCGGACGUGGCGCUCGUCGACGGCAAAGCCAAGUUCACAAGCUACAUCAACAACCUGCAUCCCGAGGAGCACGCCGAGCUGUACGGCGUGCUCGAGGAGCUCGUGGAACGCGCCGUGCCGCUGUGGUUUGCCGCGUACGACCGCGUCAUGACCUGGAUGGGGGCGGAGGACGGUGUGGGCUGGGAAGAUCGCGAGAACACUGUCAACCGCAUCUGGUGCAUGGACUCGAACCGGCAGUGCACUACGCCUGAGGUGUGCAAAGGCUACUGCGAUGCGUGGAACAACCCGGACAACCCGGACAACCAGGGGACUGAUGAGAGCGAUAAUGAGGGGGAAGGAGAUGGCGAGGAUGGUGCUGAGGACGAAGAGGAGGACGACGCGGACGGCAGCGACAACGGCGCCGAGAUUGGAAGUGGCAGCGACGGCCUCGAGGACUUGAACAUGCCUGCGGGCAUGAGCACGGACAGCGAUGACGACGACGACCAUGACGACGUCGAUAGCGAGGACAGCGACAUGGCGGAGAUCUUGGGUGUGACCGAGACGGACGACACGGACGCCGACGCCACCACCCACGACAAGGAGGAUGAGAAGGAAGAGGAGGACCGCGCGCCGCCGGCCGACGGCGACAUCCCCCUCCCCAGCGGCUACGACAGCGAGGACGAAGCGAACCAAGUCUGGUUCGAAGCGACGCACAAGGUGCUGCAGCCCGAGCCCGGGGCAUACAAGUUCGUCGGCUACCCCUUCACCAAGACGCCGUGGACGUCGAAAAAGCUCCAAGUUAUCGUCAAGCUCGCGAGCAUCCACCUCACGCCCGACAAGCCCGCGUACCCCGGCGGCAGCUGGCACAUUGAAGGGCAGCUGAACGAGCGCAUCGUCGCGACCGCGCUGUACUACAUCGACAACGCGAACGUGACGGACUCGCACCUGUCUUUCCGCACCGCAUGCAACGCCGAGGCGCUGUGCGAGAACUUUGGGUACGCGCAGAGCGACCACGCGCCGUUCGCGGCCAUCUUCGGCGCCAACCCCGGCCUCGACGAGCACUCGACCGUGCUCGAGCUCGGGCAGGUACACACGCGCGCGGGCCGCCUCCUCGUCUUCCCGAACGUUAUGCAGCACCGCGUCGGCCCGUUCGAGCUCGCGGACCGCACGCGCGCGGGACACCGCAAGAUCGUCGCCCUCUUCCUCGUCGACCCCGAGACGCCUGUUAUCAGCACCGCUCACGUGCCCCCGCAGCAGAUGCACUGGGGCUCGAGCGGUGUGCAGGACCGCCUGCCGCCCGAAGUCGCCGAGAUGGUGUACGCCCACGUCGAGUGCCCGUACCGUCUUGACGAGGCGAAGCGGAUCCGCGAGAAGCUCAUUGACGAGCGGCGGGCUAUCGACAAGGACGCCAACAAGGCCGUCAACCACGGCGACUUUAGUUUCUGCGAGCACUAGGGGGUGGGGAUACGACAGGCUAUGACUAGGAUUUGUGAUGUAACUGGG